AUGUGGUCAUCAUCGCCAUCGACGGGAAGCAACAAUAUUAGUAUCAACACGAGUAAUAUCAACACAUCUUCAACAACAUCGAAUAGUAUGUUGAAAGAUGUAAAGAACAUGAAAGAGGAGGAGAUCGCUUCUUUAGAACAAGAAACAAUGAUGAAGGAGCUUCGACACCUUCUCUACGAUAUUGUUCCACAACAAUGGAGUAAAAUUAUCAAUGAAAUUCAACAAGCUGUUGGUCUUUUAGGAGGUGAAGUUAAACACCUUCAAUCUAUGGAAAAUAAUAGUAAUAAUAAUUCCAAUAAUAAUAAUCAACAACCAACAAGUACAAUAGCCUCAUCAUCGGAUCAACAACAAGAUAAUCCAAAAGACGAACCUCAAACACCUUCAACACCAGGAAUACCCGCUACCCCAACUAAAUUUAAUGCUACUAAUAGUUUUAGAGCAAAAAACAAUGCCGAACGUAUACAAUUACAUAUUAAUGACCAAAAUCACGCUAUUUUAAAAGGAUAUUUACUAGUGGACGGAUAUCGUAUCUUGGGAGGUAAAAUUAAUUUUAAGCUUCACAAAAUGAAACAAUCAUGUGAAGCCGAAAUCAGACCAAAUGAUCCGUAUACUUUAAGCCAAAUUCAAAGGGCUCACCACAUGGCUGAUUAUGCUUUAAAUAAGAUGAAAAACAUUGACAUUGAGAAAUAUUCUGAAAAUUCAAAUAUUGUGUUGGAAGGAGAUGAUGAAGUUGAUCUUAUGAACAGUACAUAUUUAUCGAAAACAACAUCUAAAAUUGAACGAGAUGUCACUACUAUUUUAACAAUUUUGGAACGUGUAAUGAUAUUGGUGCAACAAGGAAGAGAACAAUUGACAACAUAUGGUGGAUUGAGAUUUUUGACUGAUGAAUAUAGACUAUCAAGCUCAAUAUCCGAAAAAGCUAAUAUUGAACUUCUUCAACAAUCAUUCCAUCCUCGUUUACCUAAGGAAACAUUAAUUGAAUUUUCAAUUACAAAUGCUCAACUUCAUGUAGGAGUUUAUGGUUUGAGUUAUACUUCUAUUGCUACAUCCUCUGUAACACAACUAAAGAACUCAAAUUUAAGUAGCGACUCUCGACAUAGACAUUUUAUCACUGAAGAUAAUGAAAUUGGAUAUUUUAGUGAGGAGUAUAUUUCAAAAAUUACUGUUGCCAGUUUCUCAUCUGGUUUGGAUCAUCUCACCAAUGCUUUCAAAAUGUGUUCUCGUUUAAGAAAUCUAUUAACUACACAUGGACUCUAUUAA